UUAGUCUAUGGUACGUCUCUACAUCGAUGUCGCGUUGCCCUUGACUCCCUCCAAUUUAAUUGGUGUUUUUCAAAAGUUCUCACUUUUUAACCAUUGAAAAUCUUUUUUCUUACUUUUUAUAUGUGUAAUUAUGUUAUAGACAGUGAUUUAGUGUUUUUAACACAGUGUUUUAUAAACUUGUGUGGCGUCACCUGACUGAGUUCAUUGUCAUUUCCCGCCAUUGUGGCUCCAGUGAAAAACUGAUUUUCUUGAGGAUUUUGGUGCUCGUUUAUAUGAAGAACUCGUAAAAGUGAUAUUUGCUGCACCCAAGUUAUGUCAUUACACGGUAAUGAUGUUUGUUUGCUAGAAGUAGAAGAUUACAACUUGUACGAAGAAGAGGCAUCGGAUCACGCUUUUUCUAGAAGUGAAAAACAAACUGCAACUGGAAGUAAGACAAUGGAAGCAGAGAAGAGAAUCCGACGGGAAAUUGCUAACAGCAAUGAACGCCGACGGAUGCAGAGCAUCAAUGCUGGUUUUCAAGCUCUUCGUACAUUGUUACCUCGCCAUGAAGGAGAGAAACUUAGCAAAGCUGCUAUACUACAACAAACAGCUGAAUACAUCUACUCUCUAGAACAAGAAAAAACAAGAUUGUUAUCUCAAAACUGUCAGCUUAAAAGACUGUUAAAUCAGCAUGAAGGAGGUGAAAUACCAUUAAAAAAGAGAAAAAAUGAAAUUAUUACACAUGUACCCUCUAUAAUACCAGACUCUACAGAUGAAACAGUUGCAAAUUCUCGGUCACCAGAACCUGUUGCUGUCAUCACUGUAUCGAGUGUAUCACAGAAAAAGGACUCAGACAAUAGUGAAUUGCGUGCUCAAUUAGACCGUGAGCGGCGACUACGGCGGCUGCUUGAAGAUAGAUUACAUGCACUUGAAAUUCAAAUCUAUCCUGAUACAGCUAGUCAUGACUUACCACGACCUAUAAUUCAUUAUGAACAAACUAAUGUCACAGAGUGUAAGGUGGAGAAAGAUGAAGUGGAAGCUCCUAAUCCCAUCGAGCAGCCUGCUGCGCCUCUUCUCGAAGCCGCAAUUAAAGCUGAACCUCGUGUUGAAGUUGAGGUUUUACCAGAAGCAUCACACGACCCACGUCUCUACAUCCCAAAUACAAGUCGUCAGAAUUUAGAAACAAUUGUGGAAGCUAUUCGUCAUUUAGAAGGUGAUCAUCUAUUUCGCGAGGAAACAGGUGAUGCGCCGCUCGCUCUAACGAAGAAAGUAGAGCGAGCGCCGCCGCCACGGCCCGGCGUCAUAGUAGUGAAACAUUCGUGAUUACGUUAAAAGCAAUUUAGACUUUCGACUCGUAAACACUUCCUUAGUACUCCUGACCCUCCUCGAAUAUAGUUUUAAAAUUUUAGUUAUUUAAUUAUAUUUUCCAAAGUGACGAAUCGAUAAGUCUGCGUCUUUUUUAUUUUCUUAUGCAUUGAAGUCAAAUCAAUAAUUAUUAGCAGAUUGUGUUGUCUUAAAUGACGUCGGCGCUGUGCUUAGUUUAGUCUCAAAUGUAAAUUAUCAGUUGAAUGUUUACUGCUUGUUUAGACCCUGGUGGUGUUGUAUGAAUGAAUGGAGGAUUGACUGACUUGAAUAAGACUAAGUGAAGAAAGAUAUGGUAAUACAAAAUGCCGCGUGCCAAUAUUGACUCUCGACGUCUAUAGAGAAGGUAUAGGAAUUAGGUGAUCAUUAUGUUAGAGUGAAAGUUCUUGUAUAGGAAAUUAAGCUUUGUGAUAUUUUUUCCUACUACCUAAUAAAAUUGGAAAAGGAGUAAAAUACGCAAAUCAAUAAAGUAACAACUUUAGAGGAGCAAUAAAGGAUAUGAAAUUGAUGGUGUAUUGUUGGUAAAAUAAAAUUAUCUUGCAGCAAUAUUUGUUCAUCUGGUUUUUAAAAAAAUCAAGCAUUUAUAGGAAGGAAAUUUGAUAUAAGUAGGUAAUUAUGUAGGCAUGCGGCUACAGGACGUCACUGAUAUCUACUAUGCUUUUAUGAAGAUUUUUAAUUAUUUUAUUCAAUAUGUUGACAUAGUAUAAACAAAUAAGUACAGAUUAUUAAUGUGGUGUUAUUGCAAAUUUUACAAAAAUGCCCAGUGCCCGUAUAUGUAAUUGACUUUCAUUAAAAAUUUAUUGGUGAUUGUGAGCUGUACUACUGUCGCUGGUGAACACUGAAAUUUUAGAUCAUUCCAUGUUUUUGGAUUUUCUCUUAAUGUAAGGAGUUAAUAUUCAUGAGAUAUAGUUAAUUGAAACAAGCCGAGUAUAUUGUAUUCAAUUAACUUGUUAGUAUAAUUAUAUAUUGCUUGUAUUAAGCAUUCUUUCAUUAAAACCUCUAUUAGAUCAUCUCUCUGUUAAGUGUCGAUAAAUAGGUACCCUUCGUAAAUAUAAGUACUUCUGAUAUACUGUUUAACUUAUUAAACCUACACUUAUUGAAAAUCCCAAGGUUAGGUAAAUCUACAAUUAAAUCAGGGGAUGAUUUAAUCAUCAAUCCCUGCAAUCUAAAUAUUGAAGUGAACAGUAUGUUUCACUUUAUUUGCUUCUAAGAAUUUUAAUGUGUGGAUAGAUUGUAAAUCCACAAUUUAGGUAAUGUAAUUUAAUGUGCUGACUUUUUGUUGAUAUUUGAACCUGCAGUGCUUUUGUUAUACUGUGUCUUAUAAGUUUUGAAUGUACCUUAUUUUAAGUUUGACUCAGUAACAGAGUGAGUUACUAUAAUUUGCUUACUAAAAUAGCACUGAUCCUGAGUAGUGGAUAAACAAAUUAAGACUGAUCAUUUAUUCAUUAUUAAGUUAUGCUAGGUCGAGCCAUUAUUUGUAGUGUGACAUGUGAGUGGUUGUCUGCAUGUGUUUACUGAGUGAUCUAACAGUAUGAUAGAGAUUUAGUUUUAAUCACAAGGUCAUGUAGCAAUAAAUUUGUCUAUCUUGUUUAUGAGUAAAAAAGUCUGUAACUUUAAAAAGAAAAUUUUACAUAAUCUCUUUAAUUCUGUUGGAUCUAAACCACAAUGUAUGUUGAGAAGACGUUUAAUUAUGCAUUUGUUCAAUAAUUUCGUAAUAUAAUAGUUGCGUGGUAGUGGUAAUUUUAAAUUCACAGACCUGAAUGGUCUUAAUUAAAUAUAUAAUGAAUGUGUAUAAUAAAUGAAUACAAUUACUAUCAAGACAUUUAAAAAUAAUAAUGUAUAAAUUAAUAUUUUAAUUUUAUGUCACUUAAUAGUUUGUUAGCAGUAGAAUUAAAAAUAUAAAUAUGUAUUUGAUACUUUGUCAGAAAUUGUGUAAUUUGUAUUCGUUUUUACAGUCUUCUUGACCCAUAUUUCAAUAAAUACCACUGGACAUAAUUAUAUAACGAUGUCUGGUCCUAAAUGAAGCAGAGCUUAUACUAUGGGUACUAGAUAACUGACUGAUAGAAAUAUUUUUUAACCACAUCUUUAAAUUAGGUAUGGGUAAUAUUGGUACCGGUCCGAUAUCUAUAUAUUAGGUUCCUUUGGACUUUAGGUUCCUCUGGCGGGAAAAAAGGUCAUCACCAUUGGACCAAUAUAUAACGGUGUCUAUAUAUUGUAGGUAUUACAUACUAUAUUGUACCUACAAUAUAUUGUAAUUGCUAAAUACCCACCUCUAAUUUGAAUUUAUAUUAUACAUAGAAAAUACUGUAAAGACUGUAUUUUUUUUAUGUUUUAAAUAAUUGGCCUUAAAGUUGUCAGUAUCAAAAACAAAUAUAUUUAAUUACGAUCAUUACAUAUAUAUAUACA